CCUCAGUUCUGUCCGGAGAUCCAUACUAACCCUAAUUCGAAAGUGGCUACUGGCCGCAGAGGACAGUCUCUCUUCCGGAACGAAGACCUCGAGGACAGUUUGUUUCCGGGGGGGUUGCCCGAGACUGGUGCCCUGUUGCGCCCCGCCCCUUGCACAGCCACGUCCUACCGGAGCCGCAGGGUUGGGCCGUAACGGGUGAGGGUUGUGGGGCUAGUACUGAGGAGUGUCGGGACCUUGUGGUAGAGGACCGUGGAGGAACUGCUGGGGCAACCCUGGCCGCGCCCGGAGAGGCGUACGAGGGGCAAGGCGGAUGCAGAGUCCGGAAUCAUGGUAUUGCUUGGUUUGACUUCAAGCCAUUUAUGAGACAUUAAACCUAAAAAUGGAAAACAGAGUAAGAUUCUUCUUAGAAGCUCUGAGCUGUUGCUGAUGGCAAAAAGCAAACUUAAUCCAGAGUUACUUGUAGCUCCUCAGAGUCUUCUUAGUCUGGAUUGUCCUGACCAUGGAUGGAGCUUCAGCCAAACAGGAUGGCCUCUGGGAAAACAAGUCCAGCAGUGAUAUUUCAUCUUGCCCUGAAGCCGCACUGGAGAUUGUGGGCUCUCUGGCUCAACUGCCUGACCAACAGAAUACAGCUCAGGAUGCCAGUGUUGAGGUAAACAGAGUUUUUAAGGAAGAAGGAAGCCCAGAUAGAUCCAGCCAGGUGGCCAUCUGUCAGAAUGGGCAGAUCCCAGACCUUCAGUUGUCUCUUGAUCCCACAACAAGUCCAGUGGGACCUGAUGCCUCUACAGGUGUGGAUGGUUUCCAUGACAACCUAAGGAAGUCUCAGGGAACUAGUGCUGAGGGCAGUGUUAGAAAAGAAGCUUUGCAGUCUCUCAGACUCAGUCUUCCCAUGCAAGAAACGCAACUGUGUUCCACUGCAUCUUCAUUGCCCUUGGAAAAGGAGGAGCAGGUUCGACUGCAGGCCCGGAAGCGCCUGGAAGAACAGUUAAUGCAGUACAGAGUUAAGCGCCAUCGGGAGAGGUCCAGUCAACCUGCAACUAAAAUGAAACUUUUUAGUACACUUGAUCCUGAGCUCAUGUUGAAUCCAGAAAACUUGCCAAGGGCCAGUACUGUAGCUGUGACAAAAGAAUAUUCGUUCCUGCGUACCAGUGUUCCUCGAGGGCCCAAGGUAGGCAGCUUAGGGCUGCUGGCACAUUCUAAGGAGAAAAAGAACUCUAAGUCAAGCAAGAUUCGGUCUCUGGCUGACUAUAGAACUGAAGAUCCAAGUGACUCUGGUGGCCUUGGUUCUACUGCUGAGGCUGUUGGAAGCUCCCUGAAACAGAGUAGAAGUAGCACUUCGGUUGUGUCUGAGGUUAGCCCAUCAUCUGAGACUGAUAACCGCGUAGAGAGUGCCUCGCUGACUGGGGAUAGUGUGUCAGAAGCUGAUGGCAAUGAGAGUGACAGUUCCUCACACAGCAGCCUCUCUGUCCGAGGGACCUGUGGUGUCCUGGGGAACGUGGCCAUGCCAGGAGCAGCAUACGUGGUUGAUGGCCAGGAGAUUUCUGCUGAGGCCUUGGGCCAGUUUCCUUCGAUUAAAGACAUACUACAGGCUGCAGCAGCCCAGCACCAAGAUCAGAACCAGGAAGCCAACGGGGAAGUGCAGAGCCGCAGAGACAGCAUCUGCAGCAGUUGGAAAGAGAGGAGGCAGUGGGGUUGGGAUAUUGAAGGCCUCAUGAUAAAGAAAAACAAAGGCUUCUUAAGUGAGGCUUUUGUCCAGUGUAGUGGAGAGCGAUGUUCGCAGGCUUUGUAUUUCAGCUGGGGCUUGCAUGACCUGCGGCAGCAGAUGACAGCACUUCAGAGCCAGCUCCAGCAAGUACAGCUGGAACGCACAACACUGACCAGCAAACUGCAAGCAUCACAGGCUGAAAUCACUUCUCUCCAGCAUGCCCGGCAGUGGUACCAACAGCAGCUUGCUUUGGCCCAGGAGGCCAGGGUCAGGCUGCAAGGAGAGAUGGCCCACAUCCAGGUUGGACAGAUGACCCAAGCGGGCCUUUUGGAGCACCUGAAGCUUGAGAAUGUGUCCCUGUCACAUCAGCUGACAGAAACUCAGCAUAGAUCCAUCAAGGAAAAGGAGCGCAUAGCUGUUCAGCUCCAGAGCAUUGAGGCUGACAUGUUGGAUCAGGAGGCAGCAUUUGUACAGAUUCGGGAGGCGAAGACAAUGGUGGAGGAGGACCUCCAAAGGAGGCUGGAAGAAUUUGAAGGUGAACGGGAGCAGUUACAGAAAGUGGCAGAUGCAGCAGCAUCCCUGGAACAACAGUUGGAACAGGUGAAGUUAACAUUGUUCCAGCGAGAUCAGCAGCUUGCAGCACUUCAGCAGGAGCACCUAGACGUGAUGAAGCAGCUUACAUCGACGCAGGAGGCUCUGCAGGCCAAAGGGCAGUCCCUUGAUGACUUACAUACACGUUAUGAUGAGCUACAAGCAAGGCUGGAGGAGCUGCAGAGAGAGGCUGACUCCAGGGAGGAUGCAAUUCACUUCUUACAGAAUGAGAAGAUUGUCUUGGAAGUGGCUCUGCAAUCGGCCAGGAGUGACAAGGAGGAACUUGACAGAGGAGCACAGCGUUUGGAAGAAGAUACUGAGGAGACAUCAGGACUUUUGGAACAAUUGAGACAAGAUUUGGCUGUCAAGUCCAACCAGGUGGAGCACUUGCAGCAAGAGACAGCCACGUUGAGAAAACAGAUGCAGAAAGUAAAGGAGCAGUUUCUUCAACAAAAGGUGAUGGUAGAGGCAUACCGGCGAGACGCUGCUUCCAAAGAUCAACUCAUCAAUGAGCUGAAAGCCACCAAAAAACGGCUAGACUCAGAGAUGAAGGAACUGAGGCAGGAGCUAAUCAAGCUGCAUGGAGAGAAGAAGACUGUGGAAGUAGAGCACUCACGACUGCAGAAGGAUAUGUCCCUGGUUCACCAGCAGAUGGCAGAGCUCGAGGGGCAUCUUCAGUCGGUGCAGAAAGAACGAGAUGAAAUGGAGAUUCACCUGCAGUCUUUGAAGUUUGACAAAAAGCAGAUGACAGCCCUUACUGAGGCCAAUGAGACACUGAAGAGACAAAUAGAAGAGCUACAGCAGGAGGCCAAGAAGGCCAUCACAGAACAGAAGCAGAAGAUGAAGCGGCUAGGCUCAGAUCUGACCAGCGCCCAGAAGGAGAUGAAGACUAAGCACAAGGCUUAUGAGAAUGCUGUGAGCAUUCUUAGCCGUCGCCUGCAGGAGGCUCUGGCUACUAAGGAGGCCACAGAUGCAGAACUGAACCAGCUCAGAGCUCAGAGCACAGGUGGCAGCAGUGACCCUGUUCUACAUGAGAAGAUUCGUGCUCUGGAGGUGGAACUGCAGAAUGUUGGCCAAAGCAAGAUACUAUUGGAGAAGGAGUUACAGGAGGUGAUCACAAUGACUAGCCAGGAACUGGAAGAGUCCCGAGAGAAGGUGCUGGAGCUAGAAGAUGAGCUUCAAGAAUCCAGAGGCUUCAGAAGGAAGAUAAAACGUCUUGAAGAGUCAAAUAAGAAACUGGCUCUGGAGUUAGAACAUGAGCGUGGGAAGCUCACCGGCCUUGGACAAUCUAAUGCGGCUUUACGGGAGCACAACAGCAUUCUGGAGACUGCACUAGCCAAGAGGGAAGCCGACCUGGUGCAGCUGAAUCUCCAGGUGCAGGCAGUUUUACAGCGCAAAGAGGAGGAGGAUCGCCAGAUGAAGCAACUUGUCCAAGCUUUACAAGUCUCAUUAGAGAAAGAAAAGAUGGAAGUGAACAGCCUGAAGGAACAGAUGGCUGCUGCUAGGAUAGAAGCUGGACAUAACCGCCGCCACUUUAAGGCAGCUACUUUGGAGCUGAGUGAAGUGAAGAAAGAAUUGCAGGCCAAAGAACACCUGGUACAGACACUGCAGGCCGAGGUGGAUGAGCUCCAGAUUCAGGAGGGAAAACAUUCUCAAGAAAUAGCCCAAUUCCAGACUGAGCUGGCAGAAGCUAGAACCCAGCUCCAGCUCCUACAGAAGAAGCUAGAUGAGCAGAUGAACCAACAACCAACAGGGAGCCAAGAGAUGGAAGAUCUCAAAUGGGAAUUGGAUCAGAAAGAACGAGAGAUUCAGUCCCUGAAGCAGCAGCUUGACUUGACAGAGCAGCAGGGCAAGAAAGAACUAGAGGGUACACAACAGACACUUCAGACUGUGAAGUCUGAGUUGGAAAUGGUACAGGAAGAUCUGUCUGAGACCCAGAAGGAUAAGUUUAUGCUUCAAGCCAAAGUGUCUGAACUGAAGAACAACAUGAAGACUCUGCUGCAGCAGAACCAACAGCUCAAGCUGGAUCUCCGCCGUGGUGCAGCCAAGAAGAAAGAGCCAAAAGGUGAGUCCAACUCAUCCAGUCCUGCAACACCCAUCAAGAUACCAGACUGCCCUGUGCCAGCCUCAUUGCUAGAAGAGCUGCUGAGGCCCCCACCGGCUGUGAGCAAGGAGCCCCUCAAGAAUCUCAACAGCUGUUUGCAGCAGCUCAAGCAGGAGAUGGACAGUCUACAGCGGCAGAUGGAGGAGCAUACCAUCACUGUGCAUGAGUCCCUGUCCUCGUGGGCUCAGGUGGAAGCUGCCCCAGCAGAGCAUGCCCACCCCCGGGGAGACACAAAACCACUUAAUCAAAACAGUGUUCCCAGAGAAGGGCUGGGCCAAUGACCACUGUUGUCCUCAUCACCAAGUAUUUGUGGCUGUUGAAGAAAUACUCUUGUCAAUAUUAUUUAUUUGAUUGAA